AUGGUGGGGGCUGCUGAGCUGGACAUGGCUUUUGCCUCUGGAGCCCUCAGCGCUUGGGCAGACACGUCUAUGACAGCGCCGGAGGAGGUCUACGAUCGCGUCUUCGAGGGUGCUCGCCACGCAGUCAUCGACUUGGAGGCGGCCUUGUCUCCUCGUGAUAGGGGGCUGCUGCGACCGCUUCUUGACCUUCUGACAGGGCUGAAGUUGAACGAGAGCAAGCCUGUAGCCACAGCAGUGCUAGUGCCCGGCAUGCAUGGUGUGUUCUCUGCCAGAGAGUGGGGUCAGGCGAACCCCACUGAAUUGGAGAUCAUAAAUACAGCCCUGCCACGCCUCCAGGCACUUGCUAGGCCCUUAGGACCGGUCGAUUUGGCUGUGGUGCGCUUGAUUGAGCUCACCGUGGACUGCCAGGUCUCACCGACAUGUGUUCAGCACUUUAGUGUCUUCAUUCCGCUUGCAUUGCUUAUCCAGGAGUUAGCUCCCGUACUCUUCGAGCAUGGCGUCCGGGAAGUGCAGGACAUAAUGGCCCACGCAGCAGCCUUGCUGGUCAGUGGGGUGGAGUCUUGGAAAUUGGAGGCGAUCGUCAGGGGACGGCUCGAGACCACUCUGGCUCUGGCGCCGGGGCGCCCGGACCAUCCGGUCGGCGAGGUGCGACAGAAAGCAUCGUGGGCCGCGGCGUUGGAGGCGGCCCUGCCUCAGAACCGCCAGGCAUCGCUUGAGGCGUUGCAAGCAGCGGGGCUAGCUGCCACGACUAGGCCUUCGGUGGACAGCCGGCUUAAGUCAUGGCGAGAGCUAAGUGCAGCCUGGGCCUUUCCGGUUAACGCAGAGCUGGUGCGUUGUAUUGGAGCUUCCCUGCGGGCUGGUGGCUACCACUCUUGCUCCCUCUACUUUUCUGCAGCGACGUCGCACCAGCUCCGGACCUUGGCAUUGCCCAUCGGAGAGGAGACCAGGUUUAUCAUACGGGACACCGUUCGUGCCAUCAAGCGCGGCCUAGGCCCGGCCAAGCUGAAGGACUCCUUUGACUUCGAAGUUCUCCGAGCUUUGGUGCGGCUGGAAGAGGCGCUUCGUGCCUUUGACAAGCGGGACAUGGCAGCAGCAGUUGACCUGUGCAUCAUCUGUACUUGGUACAUGUUGAGGGAGAUCGAGAUAUCGAAUGCACGGGCCCAUCAUUUGUACUUGUCGGAUCCAGAUUCAGUUCAUCUCCUACUGCCUGUAUCCAAGACGGAGUCUCAGGGGAGCUUAACUGUGAGGUCAUAUGUCUGCGUGUGUCGCGCCAGGCAGGAACCUUUGUGUCCCUAUCACUGCGCAAAAAGGCAUUUGGAAAGGUUGCGUUUGGCUGGCGUCGAGACCUCAGCGGAGAAUUACCUCUUCCCUGGCCAGGAUGGCGGCCAUACGCUCAGGGUCAGCGGGACCCAAUACCUGGCGGCCUUGAAUGUGCCGCUGGCACAGAUCCAGCUUCAAGGCAGGUGGUGUUCUAGGCCGAUAGACCGAUAUGUGCAGCUCGCUCCACUUCUUCGGCUGCCUCAGAACAUCCGAGCUGCCGCGGCAUUGGGGUCGUUGCCUGCACCGUCAUACUUCGCCACCGACGAGGAACCGGCGACGCCGCCAGCUCGGCGCAGAAGGCGCGGCCGCGCUGACCCGGCUCCGGAUGAACCAUUGCCUCUUCUGAUUCUGGAUGAAUUUGCGCUCGCAGCGCCACACACAGGGAUCACCAUGGACCAGGUUCGGGCAGAGAUCGCCAAGGCCAUACCGCCAGUGCGGGAGAACCUUAUCGUGCAGCCUCGCCGCCGCGUAGCUCAUGCCAUCGGCGUGCCCGAGGCGCAGAAUGAAGUGCACCGCUGGCGCACCACAUGUGGUUGGGGAUACGGCUGGAGCAGCUUCUAUCGCGUCCAGGCAGACAGUUUGGGCCCGGAGUUGCGCCGAUGUAGGCGCUGCUUUCCGGAGGCGGGCUGCCCUUCAUCCAGCUCUUCCUCGAGCAGCAGUUCCUCGGGGUCUUCUAGCUCCUGA